UUAAACUACUUUGUCGUACAGCACACCCUCAGGCCCUCUUGGUACAGCAGCGUCUGGUGAAAACAACUUGGGGUUGACUCACACAGCAGAUCCGUGGGAGGGGCCAGCAGCAGUACUGUUAGGUUUUAAAUUCACACGUGGUCUGGGACUUGGGCUUGUUUAACACCACACAGACAAACUAGAAACUUCUGAUCAACUCAUGCCAGUGAGUUGCCCCACGUCUAUCACUGCGGGGGCAGGACGGGAAUCCGACGAGGCUUUCGAUAAUUCAGCAAAAAUGCCAUCCUACCCCCUCAGCCAGUUUUGUGACCUGGAAGAGAUGAUGUGCAAGCAUCUGUUGAAUCUGGACAUGAGGGAGCAGGGUGGACCGCUGCCAUCCCUUGGUCUGGCAAUGAGGUCACCAAGUUACAUCGGCCAGUCAAGCAGCAACACAUCUCUUUCCCUCUCAUCUCUCUCCUGCCUCCCCCCUGAUUCUCCAGACAGCUCACAUCUGACUUCCAACCUGUGGGGGCAGCAGUCAGAAAGCUGUCUGCCCUCCCAGCUUCCUAAUACCAGCCAGUGGGGAAAGUCAGGCUUUUUCGCCCAGCGCUCCAUCAGCAUGGUGGAAACCAGCAGCACCACAGCAGCAAGUCUAGGCUGGCCUGGAGUUGACAUGAAGCACUCCCAAGGUGACAUCAGCCCCACCAACUCCUCCUCCUCCUCCCGCUAUAAGACUGAACUGUGUCGAUCUUUCACUGAGAGCGGUCUGUGCAAGUAUGGCGGGAAAUGCCAGUUUGCCCACGGAGCAGAUGAGCUGAGGGAUCUCAGCAGGCAUCCAAAAUACAAAACAGAGCCGUGUCGCACAUUUCACACCAUCGGCUUCUGUCCUUACGGGAUCCGCUGCCACUUUGUCCACAACAAUGAGGAAGAAAGGAAGCACUCCUUCUCUCGCUCUUCCUCAUCAUCUUCCUCCUCUUCCUCUAGCAUGCCCUCACAGCAGCCUUCCUCCUCCCGCCCUAACAGACCUCCUCUGAUUCGACAGAGCUUCAGCUUUGCUGGGUUCCCAUCUGCUCCCCAGCAGUCUUUCCAGCAAGCCCUUACCCCUUCUCCUGCCACUGCUUCCUUCACACGUGCUCCAUCGGCAUCUCCUCCCUCCUGCGCCGAUGUCACGGACCUCCUCUCUCAAUCCUUCCUCGAGAUGGACUCUGCCUUCAAGGCCUGCUCUUCCCAAAAGUACCAGCCUCCAAUAGGACAGGCCACAGCAAUAGAUCCCCGCUCUCCAUUCCUGCCUUCUCCUGACUCAGGAUGCUUUCCAUGCGGGCUGUCUCCGACCACCUCGCCGCCCCUGAGGCAGAGUCCUGGUGCUGCCAGCGUUUUCUCUGGGCCCCUGGGUACCAGGUCAUUAUCCUACACCUCUCUGUCAGACCAGGAUCAGGACCAGGAUCAGGACCAGGACCAGGACCAGGACCAGGAUGGAAGCAGCUCUGCUAGUUCACUCAGCGGCUCAGAGUCCUGUGGUGGCGUUACUGAUGCUAACGGCAAACGUCUGGCGGUAUUCAGCCAGCUCUCUGUGCCCGAGGAUCCGACAGGGUUCAGCCAGUAGGCUGUAGUGUUGUUUGAACACAAUCAUACGCAUAAUUAUCCCAUUGGGACCCAAAUAUCCACACCCUGCUUACACAAUAUAUUCAGCACACAUAUCCAUAUUUAUCAAUAUCAGGCACACUGAACAUAUCCUCACACAUGCAGCCUCUGGACUGACUUACCGAUGUUUUGUGCGCCUCUGUGGUGUCUAAAGAAAUUUGAGGACUGACUCAUAAUGCUCAUAGAGAUUCACCAAUCAGAUGUAUGUGGUUGAAAUGUCACUGUCAUACACGUAAGGGAAGCUGUGACGCCGUAACUUCAAUGUGUGUUGCCACCAAAACCUAUCAGAGCCGGAAGAGUUGGAAAGCUUUAUCAAAAUCAUAUUCAGAGAGAGCAAAUUGUGACAAAGAUAUUGUAAUCACAGUGUGAUCGCCCGGUGUCACACUAUUUAUUUUUGCUUAUCUUAUAUGUGAUCUUAAGAAUGUGACAAAGCCAAAGACAUGUUUGUAGCUCAAACUCUUUGAUUAUGGUGGUACAAACACACAGGGUGGCCUAUGUUUAGGACUCGUUGUUUUCACCUGUAUACACAGUAUUGUGUUUUACGAAGCUGGUGAGAUUUUUUUUUCUUUCCCCUCAUAACUGUACAGUCUGAGGUUGUGUUUAAGAUCACCGGCCUCCAGCCUGAAUGUUGAAAGUUUUUAAACAACUGAAAGCGCCUGUAGCGUUAUUGAACAGGUCAUGUUACAGUGUUGAAACAAUAUUUGAUGGUUUGUUCAGAGAGAUGUGACGAGGGGUGUUAUUCUUUUUUUGUGUAGUCGAGUUAGUUUGUCCGGGUUUAGGUCUCUCUGUUAGUUGGAUUUCUACAAGUGCUUUUCUUUUUGUCUCUGUUGCAUUGUUGACGAACUACGAACAGUAAAGUGCCAAAUGACCAAAUAUAACCUGCCCCACAGGAGGAGGAUCAAAAACAAGUGGGCUUAAUCAUAUGUUUUCCAUGUUUAUGACAUAUCUUUUACAUAUCUUUAACAUUAUGAGCUUUAAAAUGUGAAAUGUGCCAGGCAGCACAAACAGCAGCCAUCGUCAAAAAACGAAUAGUUGUACUCAAGGGUGAAAACAAAAAACUGAAAAGAGAUGCCAUUAAAUUAUUCUGCAUCUUAUUUUGUAUACACUGAUAUCACCAGAACUUAGCUCAGGCUUAGCAAUAUCUUUUCUAUUGUGGUGCUGGAUUUUUUAUUUAAGAUUAUCCUGAAACACCAACAUCCCCAGAGAUGAGAUUGUUUGUCGUCCCUCGUCUAAAGGCAGCACUGGUGUUACUUUUUGAUAGAAAAUUUGUGUUUUUUGCGACUCUCACCCCACCAUCUCUCCUCCUCAUUCAGUGUUACUUCCUCCUGUUCCAGCUCCAUACUGUUACGAAUGUGUAGCGUCCUGGUUGCAGCACCCAGGUCUGUUGCCUUACUGAGCUAUAGAGGGGUUAGUGUAUGUAUGCUAAGUGUUCUAGAAAUCUUACUCGCCUGUUUUUUUUGUGUGUUUAUGAUGUAGUUGGUUAGAACAGACACUGUGCUGUUUUUGGUCUAUUUAAAAUUGCCUUUUCAUCAACAUGUUUCAGGCCUGUUUAGUGUUAAAGGUGAUAAUCUUUAGUAAAUUAAUUUCUUUAAUUUAUUUUAACGUAUUUAUAGAGGACUUUGAGUUGUUAAUGCUUGUAUCAAGUUUAAUAUAUUUACUUCUUUUUGCUUUUUUGUACUGGAAAUAAAGUUGUUUUUUUACUUA